UGUUUCAAACAGUUAUAUGGUGACGAUAGUAAAAUCCUAGUGAAGCUCAUUGUUAUCCCUACGAAUAUGAAUUUAGCUGGUUUCAACACUCUUACCCACACCCAAACGGCAACGACGAUACCAGUGACCGCAAGGAAAAAUAUGAUGUCGUUUUCUGAGGAUCCGACGAAGAAGAUUAGAAAGCCGUACACAAUCACCAAGUCUAGGGAGAACUGGACGGAGCAAGAACACGACAAGUUCGUUGAAGCUCUCCAUUUAUUUGACCGGGAUUGGAAGAAGAUCGAGGCCUUUGUUGGAUCCAAAACGGUGAUCCAGAUACGAAGCCACGCACAAAAAUACUUUCUCAAAGUUCAGAAGAAUGGGACUAACGAACAUCUCCCACCUCCUCGACCAAAGAGGAAAGCCAAUCAUCCUUAUCCACAGAAGGCUCCUAAAUCUGUUGCUCUUACAUCGUCCAACGCAUUGCUUCAGCAUGACUACUUAUACAACACUAAUUCACGGCCAGUGAUUAGUAGCACUCCUAAGCAUGGAUUAGUGCGUUGCACGCCAAAUUCAGUGAUUAAAGAGGAACUGGGAGUCACAGAGAACUGUUGCAGUACUAGUACUAGUAGAGAUAAGCAGAGAACUCGAACCCUUACAGAGAAAAAUGACCAAGAAAGUUGUGGGAAGCCACAUAGAGUGAUGCCUAAUUUUGCUGAAGUUUACAGCUUCAUAGGAAGUGUAUUUGAUCCUAAAACAACAGGUCAUGUCCAAAGAUUAAAGCAAAUGGAUCCAAUAAACCUAGAAACGGUCCUCUUACUGAUGAGAAAUUUGUCUGUAAACCUGAGGAGUCCUGAGUUUGAAGAACAACGGAAGUUGAUAUCAUCAUACAACGCCAAAUAGAGAUUUAAGUAGAAUGAGAAGAAAGAGAAGAGACCAUUACUCUAUCCAGUGGUAUUAGGCUCAGUGUCUAGAGUCUCAUGUCGAGCUCACAUUACCUGAGACUAUAUGACUAGACCAAAAGAUUGAGGCGGUUGUACAUAAAAGUCACAUCAUAGUAGACAUAUCAUAAAAGUCCGUGUAGAAAGGCAGACACUAGCGUUUGUUUUUGUAAUAUUCAAUUGUUACUUUAGUUUUUUUAUACGGAAUGGACUACGGCAUUACUGGUUUCAUCCCUACUUGAAGACUACGGACGGAAGACCAGCUGAAGCUUGGUGGUUAUUUAUUUAAGGGGAUAGCUGAUCGAAUAGGUUACGUGCCUGAACAUGUAUGUUUAUAUGCUAAAACACAUACUUCAACAUAGUAUAAGUAAUUCCCACACACAAGGAAAAAGUUUUUGGUACUCCACAUAACUCAUUA